CCUAACAAGCACUACAAAAUUUGGACUAAUUUGUUGUUUAAAUAUUAAUUAUUAAAACUUCAUUGAGCAUAGUGCAGAAUCUCCAAGUUUUGAUUGACAAGGUAAGGCACCAAUAGCAAAAGAAAUGUGAUUUUACUUUCCACACAGCACGGUAAAAAUAUAUAAACCUCAUUCCUAUUGCCUUAUGUACUAUCAUGUACUAUCCUAAUAGCAUAUUCUAUUCGUCAAAACAAUAAAAAAUAAAGAAAUAAAAAAUAGAAUUGCGUGAAUGUUACAGACGUUGCGUGAUCCUGUUAGUUGGCGUUCCUGUACGUAAUCACAGUCAACGCUCAUCAAUAGAACGUUUCCUCGAAAUAUCGUUAAACUUUUGUACUGUGCCGCGAUUUCAGCCUUAAGUUUUAGUGUGGUUUUAUUCUUUCAUAACUUUGUAUGAUUAGAUGCUGACGGAGUGAUACACGGCAACUCAUCAAUCAACUUCAAGUUUAGGGAACAAAGUUUCUUUGUUCGAUGGGAAACAAUUUAUUAAUGAAAUUUGGAGGGAGCAGGGAUAUGCAAAUGUAUUGUUAUUUGAUGAAUACUUCGUGCAGUGCGGAAUUAUUGCACUUUUUAUUAUCUACGAGUGGAAGCCGUCUUAAAGCGUGACACGCUGAAUAAAGAAGAUACGAAACAAUGAGUGCCGCGUUGAGUUUGCGCGGUGGGGCGCUUGUUUUGAAGAGUAUUUCCCUUUUCUUGGCGAACAGCCGCGCCAAAAGCUCUAGUCCUUCGUCCUCGCGCAAAACUAAAUCUCCACCAAAAAGUAAAAGCAAGAAAAUGCAGGAGGCGAAAGAUGCAAAGAACAAAAUUACACCAAAACUGUUUGAUCAAAUCAAAAAGGAUACACAUUUUAAUAAAAUGGAAAUCGAGUCCCUAUAUAAAAUCCAUCAGCAAUUAGUUGCAAUGGAUCGAAACAAACCACACAGUGAUCGUUCGAGUGGCGCCGGUGGAGCUAUACAUAAGUCGUUGCACCACCAAGGUAUUAAUCGCAACGUAUUCUGUGAACUACUUCACAAUACUUUUGGUAUAGUUACCGAGGAUAUACUUACCGAUCGAAUUUUCGCAGUGUGGGAUUUCGAAAGUUCCGGUGUAAUCACUUUAAAAGAAUGGUUUCAGGGUUUGAGCGUUUUUCUCAAAGGGACGUUACACGAACAAAUCGAAAUGUGCUUUGCAAUUUACGAUGUUAACUCGGACGGGUACAUAACAAAGGAAGAAAUGUUCAUUUUACUCAGAAAUUGUUUGAUAAAGCACCCGCAAGAUGAAGAUCCCGAUGAAGGAGUUAAAGAAUUGGUGGAAAUAGUGCUUAAAAAGAUAGACGUCGAUGCAGAUGGCAAAGUUUCCAAGCUUGAUUUUCAGGAAACCGUGGAAAAGGAACCGCUUUUGUUGCAAGCGUUCGGCCCCUGCCUACCGACUAAAAGUGCAGCAGAAACAUUCCUGGCUACUUUAAAAGUACAAUAUGGUGGAGAUAACAAAAACUAAAACGUAGAAACUAAUAUAUAAAGAGCGAUAGUUUAUGAUACAAAAUUAGUAGACAUGUACACGGAAUUAUUAAGAAAGCAGCGAAGAAAUUUUAAUUGUUUUCUUCACUGCAUUUGUGUGUCCUUCUUUGAACUGGAAGUAAAUGCCCGUUGAUCGAAAA